UGCCUAUAAAGAGGACAGAUGGCUUCAGACAUCAGAAGGACGCAGGCAGCAAAGAGUGGUCAGUCCCUUCUUGGCGCUGCUGACACUCGAGCCCACAUUCCAUCACCUGCUCACAAUCAUGCAGGUCUCCACUGCUGCCCUUGCCGUCCUCCUCUGCACCAUGGCUCUCUGCAACCAGGUCUUCUCUGCACCAGUUGCUGCUGACACACCAACCGCCUGCUGCUUCAGCUACAUCUCCCGGCAGAUUCCACAGAAUUUCAUAGCUGACUACUUUGAGACCAGCAGCCAGUGCUCCAAGCCCAGUGUCAUCUUCCUAACCAAGAGAGGCCGGCAGGUCUGUGCUGACCCCAGUGAGGAGUGGGUCCAGAAAUACGUCAGCGACCUGGAGCUGAGUGCCUGAGGGGUCCAGAAGCUUCGAGGCCCAGUGACUUCGGUGGGCCCAGUGGGGAGCAGGAGCCUGAGCCUUGGGAACAUCCCUGUGACCUGCACAGCUACCUCUUCUAUGGACUGGUUGUUGCCAAACAGCCACACUGUGGGACUCUUCUUAACUUAAAUUUUAAUUUAUUUAUACUAUUUAGUUUUUGUAAUUUAUUUUCGAUUUCACAGUGUGUUUGUGAUUGUGUGCUCUGAGAGUUCCCCUGUCCCCUCCCCCUUCCCUCACACUGUGUCUGGUGACAACCGAGUGGCUGUCAUUGGCCUGUAUAGGCAGUCAUAGCACCAAAGCCACCAGACUGACAAAUGUGUAUCGGAUGCUUUUGUUCAGGGCUGUGAUCAGCCUGGGGAAAUAAUAAAGAUGCUCUUUUAAAAGGUAAACCAGUAUUGAGUCUGGUUUUGUUUUUCUGGCAAAUCAAAAUCACUGGUUAAGAGCAAUCAUAGGCAAAGAUUAGGAAGAUGUGAAAUGGAGGGAAAUUGGGAGAGAUGGGGAGGGCUACCACAGAGUUAUCCACUUUACAACGUUCUUGAACAUUGAAACUAUGAAUAUGUUAUAACUCAAAUUGUAAUAUGCACACUCUAGGAGAAUUCACUACUUGAAUGGACACCAUUAAGCAGAGUAUUCUGUAGGGCAUAUUCAUGAUGAAUCAAGCUCUUAAUAGCAAUUACUUACACUGUUGAGGUUUACUCCUACUGAGUGCUUUUUAUACAUUGCUCAUUUAAUCUUACCAAUGCAAUAGUACAGCUUAGGUACUAUGAAUACCUCCAUUUGACAGAAAAGUAACCCAGGGCUCAGAAAGGUUAGACAACUUGGCUGAGGUUACACAGCAUGUAAAAGGUCAAUUGUGUUCCAAAACUGGACUUUUAUUGAACUACAGACUAUGCUGUUAACCACUGACCAAGUUAUUUCCCAAAGUAUGCCCCAUCUAUACUCAAAUCUUACCCUAUUCUUUAACAGAUGAUACUUUAUCCUUUGCAACCACUUCCUGUCAGGAUUCUGAGUUGACAUAGAGUGUUUGAGCAGUGAUUAUUUAAGCCAGUUACAUCAGGAUCUUUAGGUGUAGACCUGGGAACUGAUAUUUUUAUCAAGCUCAUGAGGUGUUCCAUAGCCUGUUAAUGACUGAGAGCCACUGUCAAUAGAAUUCGCCACUGGUUUCUAAAUGUGGUAAGUAUCUGCAUAUGGCAACAGGUGUAUUAUACAUUAUUUCUCUAGAAUCUACACUCUACAAAAUAAAUAGCUAAUGUUAGAGAAGAAAAGACAACCAGCUUCUGUGUGGAGCAGGAUGCUGUCUACAGGUUUGAAGGGUAAGUUUUUUAAUAGAUGGAUUGCUUGCAUUAUAUGUACAAGAAAUGCAUACUAAGCUAGGGUCCUUUUUGCAGAAGAAAGAGAAAUUCAAAAUAUUUGUGUGAAAAUCAAACGUGUUAAUUUUUAUGAGCUAUGCUUAUUUCAUUUUGUUUAAAAUAAUCUAAUUUCUGUGUCCAAACAUGUUUAGAAUUGUAGGGCUCAGACUCUUUAAAGCAUAAUUAAACACUACUACUUAGCAAAUAUUAAAAUGCACAUACUAUGUGACCUACAUCCCAUUUGACCUGAUCCCAUUUCUAGGAAUCUGCUUCAUAGAAACACUGCCAAAAGAUAAGACUACGUAGACAUGAGGAUAUUCUUUUGAGUAUGGUUAGUAAGGAGCAAAGAAAUGCAAACAGUCAUCAGUAGGGUAUUAAUCAGUACAGGAUUAAGAUGUUCAUCAAUGGAAUAUUCUGCAGUCAGUAAACAAAAGCAGCACACAUCUAUAUCUGUGGAAAGUGUCCAUAAUAUUAUAGGUAAAAUGCACAUCUAUUUACAUUCAGUAUAUGCAUAUAUAUUCUCUACAUAUGCUACAGAACUGUCUGUAAAGGAUAUUAUUUUAUUUUUAAAAGCCAUAUACACACAUACAUUUACAUAGGCAAAUAUUUGGAAAGACACACAUCAAAUAGGUAA